AUGAGAUCAUCCACAGCACGUAGUGGUUCUCAAUCCACCGACGAUCGUCGAUCUGUUGUCUCGGGCAACUCAAGCACCGCCUCCACACUCGUUCCAGACAGUUUGGCUUCCGGAAAGACUGCCACGUCACAACUCAGAAAAUUCACCGCUGGUGUUGGGCGUCCAGGAUUGGCUAGAGAGGCUCGUGACGCUGUUAGAGCUGCUCUAGUGGCUCAAAACCCUCUGAGAAAAGCGCCGAUCAGUGAGCCGGUUGACUACGAAAAGUUUAUAAACGAGAGGAGUAUUCAGUUGGAAAAUGAUGCCCAGAGGGAGAUUGUUCUGUUUCCAAGAGAUGAUAUUGAGGAAUCCUCAUCGGUUCAAGAAUGUGAGACGGCGAUUCCGAUGGUAAAACCGUCGGAUAUAAAACAAGCGAAAUGGUUAUUGACUCGAGAAGCACUCAGAUUCUAUACGACAUCACAGAGAUCAAUUGUAUUCAAUUAUUCAAAGUUCUCAGGAGACUAUUCAGCUGAUAAUACCUCUUCGGCAAUAGAGAAUGAGACAUUGUCAUCAUUGGUCUUCGAAUCAGACAUGGCACUCGAAGACGAACGGGCGGCCUAUGGAGUCACAACGAAUGGAUGGAUUGGAGUGGUGAAAGAGGGAAAUCUGAAUGUCGUCAAAUCAGAUGCUCCAACUCUAUUCGAUAAUCUCAAAUCGUCGUCAUCGAAACGGAGAUACUGUAUUCUGAGACGUCUCGAGGGUGGAGAAUGCACAUUCGAAAUACGAAAACUCCCUCAAGAGGCUCCGAAAAUUGCUCCGUUGAAAGUGACGACUGCACAGAUUAAAUCGACGAAAAAAGGGAAAACUGUGCUGGAAAUUCGUGGGGGAGACGAGAAAUGUGUUCUUUUGGAGAGUGAAGAGACGCAGAUGUUGGAGGAGUGGCUUGUCGCGUUACAGACUGCUAUCGCUUUUGCUAAUAAAGAAGACGCCUUAUCGAUUUGCUCUGAAUUGGACACAAAAGGAUCAAAGUCAGGAGAUACGAAUACAGUUGCCACGUCAUCAUCCUCAUCGGCAAUCAAAUCAAAAGGAGCAGAUACGGAGAGCAUCGGGUCGGAGGAUAGCUCCAAUUCACGAACGAGCGAAAUGCAACCAUGGCGAGGUCGUAACUCGGCGGCCCGUGCCCUCCAACCGCCCAUCGUCGACCGUCGUAACAUGUUCUCUCUAUACUAUCGUCUCCAACCACUUCCCCAUUCGAAUUUCGAAACUUCCACAAUUCUUCCGAGAAGUCAGAAGCGUCCAUCGGAUUCAGAAGGCGUCGUCUCGUUUUCUCCAGUCAAAAUGAGAAAAACUUCAUCGUUGAAACGGGAAAUUCGUCCUCAACAACUCAAUACUUCCAUUCCUUUAUUCAUCUCUAUCGAUUUCCACAGUCUCCAUCUCCGUUUACCCAAUUCCUCCGGCGUUUUACAGCAAAUCGAACCGUUUUUUGUCCGAUUUUUCGUGUUCGACGCGUUGGAAGCCCGCCGAAUCUGCGAAGAAUAUCAGAUUCUAGUCAAUGGAGACGAUCUACACGUGUCGGAGCCAGUUUUCGACGCGAGUUGCCGAAUUAAUGGGAUUCGGAGAUCACUUCUCGUGGAGAGAACGGCGAGUCGAGCACUUCUUCAAUUGCCACCGUCAACACAGAAUCAUAGAGAUCUUUGGCUUGUUUGUAGGGUGGAUCGAGUGUUGUCGAGUGAUACGCAAGCAGAGUUGUAUAUGAAAUCCUCCGCAGACCCCAAAACAGUUGCGAAACUCCAAAAAACGAUAUCCUCUUCGAUGACACGUCUCGAAGGACACCGUCAACGAUUCGCGUGGACCGCCAAACCUCUCUUCCCAGAACUCCGUCAGAACAACGAAAGCUCCGCCCCCUCCUUCAACACGUCCGCCUCCUCAAUGAUGACGUCACCAUCUACCGUACUCCCCGCCACGUCAUCCACCACAACCACGCCCACAUCUACAGUAUGGUCGAAGACGGGUGCCGACGCACUCCAAUUGUUCAAAUGUGAUCCGAAUCGAUAUAGUGACGUGGAUUUGCAGAAGAAUCUGAUGGAAUUCAACAAAUUGGAGAAACAGAGCAAACUCAUCGUGCCGAAUGCGUCGAUUAGUGUCGCGUUGAAUACCCGAGCCAAUGUGCUCGAUUAUUUGAACCGUGUGAAUCCAUCGCUGUACCCAUUGAAUCCGUGGAAACCGGAAGAAUCGAAAGGACCGCCCGUCUUUCAACUUCAAUCAUUCGGAGAUCAACCGACACAGCCCUAUACGACACUCACCAAUCUUCUCUACGUAUAUCCGAUGUCAUUGAAAUACGACUCUCAAAAAGCGUUUUCAAAAGCGCGAAACAUCUCGUGUACCGUCCGUUUCGUUCGUGGAGAAGAGGCGAUUCCAGAGAAAGCGAUGGUGGAUAGAAUGUCUCCAGCCGGUCCAUACUGUAUAUCAUCCACAUGUUCCAUCCAACAUCAUCAACAGAAUCCCGUAUUCGGAGAGGAGAUGAAAACACAACUUCCAUUGAAUCUGACGACGUCCGAUCACUUGCUAUUCUCGUUUUCUCACAUUUCAGUCGCUGGAAAUUCCAGUGUCAAAUCAUCAGAAUCAACGGAAACACCCAUUGGAUACUCGUGGCUUCCACUCGUCUGGAAAAAGGAUCGAUUGAUUAUGGAGAGUGAUGAACAGGAAUUCGCACUGCCUGUCGCUAUCGAUCUACCACAGAAUUAUUAUCGAUUGAAACCGACUGGAAUGGCUGGAAAAGGGGAAGACGCUCAAUCAGAAGUCCGUUGGGUCGAUCAGAAACCUCUCUUUCGUGUUCGUCUCCGUCUCGUUUCAUCCGUUUUCACAACUGAUCCAAAACUACAAACAUUCUUUCAAGCAUGCGAUCGACUCUCCGCGAAAGGAAUUAUUGGAGACGCCGCCGACAGUUUGAAGAGAAUGGUGAAAUCGAAAUCGUCAUCGCCUCCAUCUGGAGACAUCCUAUCGUCUUCUCACCCCCGUUCGUGUUCUCCGAUUGCCGAUUCAAUGCAACGAUCAAUGUCGUUAGAAGACGAGCAUCCACACAUGAAACAUCUUCUACACUCGAUACGUUUGCUCUCCGACGUGCCAUUCGAUCGUCUGCUUGUAUUCCUUCCGAUUGUUCUCGGCCGUCUAUUCGCCAUUCUUCCCCAAGCAUCAACUGAACAGCUUGCGAUUGCCACGUUACGAUCGAUCAUCUCGAUAUGCGAUAUGUGUCAUCAGAAUGGGCGGGCGAGAGUCGUCCGGCGGUUUGUGAAAUCGAAUUUCGCGGAUGCGGCGGCUCGAGAGCAAUUUGUGUCCCAUGAGGCGACGAUUUAUUCUGUCAUUUGUAGACAUUUGCCCACUUUGAUGCGUGAAAUGCAAUCAGAAUCCCCAGAUGAAUUGGGUCAACUCUACCGUCAACUAUGGGUUCUGACAGAUGCAAUUAUCAAGAGUAUGGCACAGACAAUGUGCAGUGAGCAGUUGAAUAAAAUAUCACAAAGGGAUCGAUUCCCGACUGAAAUUUUGGAACAAAUGGGACUCAUUUUGGAUGUUGGAGUACAACAAAUUGUCACGAAACACAAGGAGAUGAAGGACGAGAGUCGGUGUGCGAAUCUCGCCUUCGCUUAUUUGGCCAGGUUCGCCCUGAAUUUCGUGGACCGUGGCGUCGUAUUCCGUUGGAUUCACAACUACAUCUCUCGCCUCGACGACACAGAUUUCCGAGCUCUUCGUGACUAUAAGACAGACUUUUUGGAGAUUCUGUGUCUUCACGAACACCACGUCCCACUGAAUCUUCCCGUCUUGAUAAAUGGAGCAUCUCAGAUUCAACGAUUGAAUUAUUCGGGUGGAGUCGUCGAUACACAGUUACAGACUACUAAUGCCAGCGGAUCCGGAUUUCUGUCACGAUUCUUCAAUCAGAUAUUCAACACGCCAACACUUGAGACAAAUGAAACGGAUCGAUACGCCUCAUGCUCCGGAGAAUGGCAUCUGAGCCCAUCGUUCGCUCAGAAUCAUUUCAUCGUUGGCCUUCUGAUGCAAGAAUUGGUUGCGUGUAUACGGGAGACAAAGGAUUACAGGAAACGACCAAUUCUACUGUUGAGAAAUCUGUUGGCAAAACAUUCGUUCGAUAGAAGAUAUGGGGAUAUGACAAUCCAACGUCGAAUCGCGAUGCUCUACGCGCCCGUCCUAACCUUCGCUCUCGAUCAUCUCCACGAAUUCGUUUCGGAAGAAUUUGAAGACGUCGACGCCACGCCCACCGGCUAUCGUUCAUUCCCCACUGCCCACACACAGACGAUAGCCUCAUCAGUGUCAGCAAAGUCAAUGUCGAAAUUUCGAAGUGUGACGAAUCGAUACACGGAAGUGAAUCAAUUCUCGAGAGGAAGUCCCGUGAGAACAUCGAGUCCCGUUCCGUCGACACAUUCAACGAUGACGACGUCACGGCCACCACAGAUGCCACCGCCGCCUCCGUUGGGAGCAUCGAAUGGUGCUGGAGGGCAGAAGACGUCGUCGACACCACUAGUUGAGAAGUUGACAGAAGACGAGAUACAGGAUAUAUUGAUUUGUUGUGUAUUCAUUCUCCAACGAAUGCCAAAACGAAUACUCGCCGCUUUGUGGACAGAGAACGACGGAGCGAAUGCUGAGAAGAUGAUACGGCUGUUGGAGUUGAUUGUCGACGUUUUUAGAUACCGUGGAAAAGAGCAUGCUCUUCGCCGUACUGCUGCCAAUUCGAAGACUCGUUCUCUGUUUACUCUCAACUUACCAUCUGCACGUGUCUCAUCCACUACACCCAAUCGACAAUCGGCUGAAAUGAUGAUGGGUGAUGAUGAUCCGAAUGCGUCUGGAUCCACGAACUCGAUUCCAUUCCGUGUCCUUCAACUCGUCAAUUUGUCCCAAGAAGUCGCUCUAAUCGUUCUCGACGUGGCUCAAACAUUCGCCCAUCAACUCGCCGCCUCACAACGACAUCACCGUCAUUGGCCUCACUCGGAGACUCUUUUCCAUUCACUUCUCUCACUUCAUCUCCAUCUUUGUGACGAUCAUUGGAGUGAAUGUGUUCGAUUACACGUCAUUGCUGGUCUGGCGUUGUUUGUGAAUUUGUUUAGAACGAGACUGUUCGAAGGGGGACCCCUUGAACCGUUGUAUAUGUUGAUUGAGAAGGUUUUGAUACAGAUGGCAUCCCGCCUCCCAGCCGUCCAAGCCGCCGCCGCCGCUCUCCUCCAACUAAUUCUCCGUAAUGGAUACGAAGUGGCUCAAGGAUAUUUUGCGAGUCAAGUUCUUGCUCAAAGUGUCUCUCCGUCGAGCUCAAAAAUCAACAAUCAAUCCGGCAGUAGGAAGGGUGUUUCUAGUGAACGAUUGGGUCGACCCGGUAGUCAGACGGGCGUCGCGUUGGCUAGAUUGUUAGGAUUCCAAUCGGUGCUCUCCAAUUCGGCGGCGUUCGAACGUGGUCUUUCGGCAGUGGAGUCUCUUGUCGAUACACGAAAAGCGACGUCAUUCGACUUGGCAGUUCUUGAUCUACUCCGUCAACUACGUGGCGUCAUGACGGCUACUGUAGCACUGAAAGAUGCGGCGAACGAUCCGAUUCGAUUGGCAGAUCUACAUUUACAACUGGCUGAUAGCUAUCGGGGAUCAGCUGCGUUGAGAAGUGCUUGGUUCGAUACAUUGGCUGAGUUGUAUGAACAGGAUCGAUGGUUUGCGGAGGCGUCGGUUUGUCACGCGCAUUCUGUGGCCAUUAUUGCAAGGGAGUUGGAGGAGAGAAAAGAACUCGAAGUGGACUGGAACGCCUUCCACUGGAUUAACCAACAGAUUUCCGAGACGGAACAAAUUAAAGGAGGAGACGCUGGAAACGUGCAACCCGCCGGAUUCACGACGGAGAAUCUCGGAGCGAAGAUUGAUAAAACGGCGGCGGCGUUGAUGUUAGCCGAGAGAUUUGAAGCCGUCGGACCGUUGUAUCGGCUGAUUAUUCCGGUGUUGGAGAGGAAUAUGAAUUUUACGUCUCUCGUCAGUGUGUACGCCGAACUGCAACAAACGUACAGUCGAGCCGCCGAAGUGAGAAGUAGUGGAAAACGACAUUUGGGCGCCUAUUUCCGUGUUCGAUUCUAUGGAGAAACUCAUUUUAAACAAGAACACAACACGGACUGGAUCUAUCGAGAAGUGGGUCUGACGUCGCUGGCCGCAUUCGCUCUGGAAAUUAAAGAGAAAUGUCAACGACAAGUUGGACACGAUCGAGUACAAAUUGAGGCGAACGAGCAAUUGGAUAUGGGAAGAAUUGAUCCGACUGUGGCAUAUGUACAGAUCACACACGUUGAACCGUCUCCAAUUUCUAUUGACUCGACCCCUUCCCAACCGACUACUCCUAUCAUCUCCAACGACUUUCUGAUGCACACGAAUCUUUGCGAGUUUUCAUACGAAUGCGCAAUGAUUGAAAACGAGAGAAAACUGUCAAGAGAGCCGGCAAUCCACGAGCAAAUUCUGAAGAGGACAGUCCUUCGAGUCGCCCCAUCUGGAUUUCCGUCGACACGACGACGUCUUCCAGUCGUCUCAGUUCACUACGAACAGUUCUCUCCGUUGGAAUUCGCGUGUCAGAAGUUGAAUACAAAAGCCGAACAAAUCAAAAAGACGUUGAGUGCGGCGGCGAAUGGACGCAGAUUGGAUGUCAAGGGAUUGCAGUUGUUGUUACAGGGCGCCGUCCUCCCGACUGUCAAUGCUGGUCCACUAGCCUAUGCAGAAGUAUUCACAAAAGAUGAGCAACGAGAGAAAUAUGGAGAAGAGGCUAUUGUUAAGCUAAGAGAGUCUUUCAGAAACCUAAUGUCCGCCUGUCAGUUGGCAAUCGAAGCGAACGCCUCGGCCAUUGGAUCCGAUCAACAGACCUAUCAUGAAGUUCUCGUCUCAUCGUUCGACGCCAUGCACGAACGUCUUCAGACAUUCUUCGGAGCGUCGCUCCGCGGAAGUCUGGAACCCGACGGCACCUCAUCGUCUCACCCUCCUCGUUCGGCAAUGCACAUAUUGGAUAUGAUGGGCGGAGUCAGAAAUUAA